ACCCUGUUGAUAGACUACCAGUUCACCUUCAGUCUGUCUCAGGAGGACGACCGCUACUACACCGCCAUCAACUUUGUAGCCACGCCCGAGGAGGUAGGACCACACCCAUACUGCCAGGGUAGAAGUCAGGGGUCAGGCCAUGCGCGAGGAAGUUGGUUUCAUGGUUAAGGUCAGAUCAUCAUGGAAAAAGUCUAAUAUGAACAGUGAACAGAAUUUAUCUCCUCUCCUCUCCUCUCCUCUCCUCUCCUCUCCUCUCCUCUCCUCUCCUCUCCUCUCCUCUCCUCUCCUCUCCUCUCCUCUCCUCUCCUCUCCCUCUCCUCCACAGCAGAAUCGUGAUCUGGUUGUUUUCAUUAACGCCUCCAAGAACUUCAACCUCAACAUCACCUGGGCCGCCAGUUUCACAGGUAACGCACCUUAACACUCCUCCACAGGUAACACCUUAACACACCUCUACAGUUAACACACCUCCACAGGUAACACACCUCUACAGGUAACACACCUCUACAGGUAACACACCUCUACAGGUAACACACCUCUACAGUUAACACACCUCUACAGGUAACACACCUCUACAGGUAACACACCUCUACAGUUAACACACCUCUACAGUUAACACACCUCUACAGGUAACACACCUCUACAGUUAACACACCUCUACAGUUAACACACCUCUACAGGUAACACACCUCUACAGGUAACACACCUCUACAGUUAACACACCUCUACAGGUAACACACCUCUACAGGUAACACACCUCUACAGGUAACACACCUCCACAGUUAACACACCUUACCACACCUCCACAGGUAACACACCUUACCACACCUCUACAGGUAACACACCUUACCACUCCUUCACAGGUAACACACCUUACCACUCCUCCACAGGUAACACACCUUACCACAACUUCACAGGUAACACACUUUCACGGGUAACAGAACUGAUUCUUACUCUGAACGAUGCUAUAUUUAGAGCCACAUUCCUGUAAAGCUUAGAGAGGAUCUCAUGUUAAAUACUGUUGAAGUAAUAUGGCUACAGGUUCAUCUGCCUCACCUAAAGCCCAUUCUGGUGGGAAGCUGCUAUAGACCACCAAGUGCUAACAGUCAGUAUCUGGAUAACAUGUGUGAAAUGCUUGAUAAUGUAUGUGAUAUCAACAGAGAAGUAUAUAUUUCUGGGUGAUUUAAAUAUUGACUGGCUCUCAUCAAGCUGCCCCACUCAAGAAAAAACUUCAAACUGUAACCAGUGCCUGCAACCUGGUUCAGGUUAUCAGUCAACCUACCAAGGUGGUUACAAACAGCACAGGAAUGGAAUCAUCAACAUGUAUUGAUCACAUCUUUACUAAUGCUGCAUAGAUUUGUUUGAAAGCAGGAUCCAGAUCCAUAGGAUGUAGUGAUCACAGUAUAUCGUAGCCAUAUCUAGGAAAACCAAAGUUCCAAAGGCUGGUCCUAAUAUAGUGUAUAAGAGGUCAUACAAUACGUUUUGUAGUGAUUCCUAUGUUGUUGAUGUAAAUAAUAUUGUUGGUCCGUGGUGUGUAAUGAGGAGCAAACAGACACUGCACGUGACACAUUUAUGAAAUUGCUUAUUCCAGUUACUAAUAAACAUGCACCCAUUAAGAAAAUGACUGUAAAAACUGUUAAAUCGCCGUGGAUUGAUGAGGAAUUGAAAAAUGGUAUGGUUGCGAAGGAUGAGGCAAAAGGAAUGGCAAAUAGGUCUGGCUGCACAACCGAUUGGCAAACGUACUGCAAAUUGAGAAAUCAUGUGACUAAACUGAAUAAAAAGAAGAAGAAACUACACUAUGAAACAAAGAUAAAUGACAUAAAGAAUGAUAGUAAACAGCUUUGAAGCAUCUUAAAUGACAUUUUGGGCAAAAAGGUGAAUUCCGCUCCGUUAUUCAUUGAAUCAGAUGGCUCAUUCAUCAUCAAAACCGACUGAUAUUGCCAACUACUUUAAUGAUUUUUUCAUUGGGAAGAUUAGCAUACUUAGGCAUGAUAUGCCAGCAACAAAUACCGAACCUACACAUCCAAGUAUAACUGACAAAAUUAUGAAAGACCGGCAUUGUCAUUUGGAAUUCCGUAAAGUCAGUUUGGAAGAGGUGAAAACAUUAUUGCUGUCUAUCAACAAUGACAAGCCACCGGGGUCUGACAACUUGGAUGGAAAAUUACUGAGGAUAAUAGUGGACGAUAUUGCCACUCCUAUUUGCCAUAUCUUCAAUUUAAGCCUACUAGAAAGUGUGUGCCCUCAGGCCUGGAGGGAAGCAAAAGUCAUUCCGUUACCUAAGAAUAGUAAAGCCCCCUUUACUGGCUCAAACAGCCGACCAAUCAGCCUGUUACCAACCCUUAGUAAACUAUUGGAAUAAAUGGUGUUUUACCAGAUAAAAUGCUAUUUUAAUAAAAAACAAAUUAUCAACAGACUUUCAGCACGCUUAUAGGGAAGGGCAUUCAACAUGCACGGCACAUACAAAAAUUACUGAUGAUUGGCUGAGAGAAAUUGAUGAUAAAAGGAUUGUGGGGGCUGUUUUGUUAGACUUCAGAGCGGCUUUUGACAUUAUCGAUCAUAGUCUGCUGCUGGAAAAACGUAUGACGUGGAUGUCGAUUAAAGCAGCCCCCAACACCGCUCUGAUUCAGAGGGGUUGGGUUAAAUGCGGAAGACACAUUUAAGUUGAAUGCAUUCAGUUGUACAACUGACUAGGUAUCCCCCUUUCCCUUACACCCCCUGCUAUAAUGUGGAUAAAGAGUUACCUGUCUAACAGAACACAGAGGGUGUUCUUUAAUGGAAGCCUCUCCAACAUAAUCCAGGUAGAAUCAGGAAUUCCCCAGGGCAGCUGUUUUUCAAUCUUUACUAACGACAUGCCACUGGCUUCAGCUAAAUCUUGUAAUGAAUAAUGUGGAAAUUGAGCAAGUUGAGGUGACUAAACUGCUUGGAGUAACCCUGGAUUGUAAACUGUCAUGGUCAAAACAUAUUGAUACAACAGUAGCUAGGAUGGGGAGAAGUGGCAGGUAGGGGCGGCAGGUAGCUUAGUGGGUAAGAGCGUUGUGCCAGUAACCGAAAGGUCGCUGGUUCUAAUCCCCGAGCCGACUAGGUGAAAAAUCUGUCGAUGUGCCCUUGAGCAAGGCACUUAACCCUAAUUGCUUCUGUAAGUCGCUCUGGAUAAGAGCGUCUGCUAAAUGACUAAAAUGUAAAUGUAAAUGUAAAGUCUGUCCAUAAUAAAGCGCUGCUCUACCUUCUUAACAACACUAUCAACAAGGCAGGUCCUACAGGCCCUAGUUUUGUCACACCUGGACUACUGUUCAGUCGUGUGGUCAGGUGCCACAAAGAGGGACUUGGGAAAAUUACAGUUGGCUCAGAACAGGGCAGCACGGCUGGCCCUUAAAUGUACAUGGAGAGCUAACAUUAAUGACAUGCAUGUCAAUCUCUCCUGGCUCAAUGUAGAGGAGAGAUUGACAUCAUCACUACUUGUCUUUGUGAGAGGUGUUGACAUGCUGAAUGAACUGAGCUGUCUGUUUAAAUUACUAGCACACAGCUCGGACACCCAUGCAUACCCCACAAGACAUGCCACCAGAGGUCUCUUCACAGUCCCCAAGUCCAGAACAGACUAUGGGAGGCGAACAGUACUACAUAGAGCCAUGACUACAUGGAACUCUAUUCCACAUCAGGUAACUGAUGCAAGCAGUAGAAUCAGAUUUAAAAAACAGAUACAAAUACACUUUAUUGAACAGCGGGGACUGUGAAGACACACACAGACACAACAUGAUAACACAUGCACUCUACACACAUGGAUUUUGUGUUGUAGAUAUGUGAUAGUAGAGUAGUGGCCUGAGGGCACACACCUAAUAUGUUGUGAAAUGUAAUGUUGUGAUAUUUUUAAUUGUAUAUAACUGCCUUAAUGUUGCUGGACCCCAGGAAGAGUAGCUGCUGCCUUGGCAGGAACUAAUGGGGAUCCAUAAUAAACCCCAGGAAGAGUAGCUGCUGCCUUGGCAGGAACUAAUGGGGAUCCAUAAUACACCCCAGGAAGAGUAGCUGCUGCCUUGGCAGGAACUAAUGGGGAUCCAUAAUAAACCCCAGGAAGAGUAGCUGCUGCCUUGGCAGGAACUAAUGGGGAUCCAUAAUAAACCCCAGGAAGAGUAGCUGCUGCCUUGACAGGAACUAAUGGGGAUCCAUAAUAAACCCCAGGAAGAGUAGCUGCUGCCUUGGCAGGAACUAAUGGGGAUCCAUAUUAAACCCCAGGAAGAGUAGCUGCUGCCUUGGCAGGAACUAAUGGGGAUCCAUAUUAAACCCCAGGAAGAGUAGCUGCUGCCUUGGCAGGAACUAAUGGGGAUCCUUAUUAAACGCAAUACAAAAUAUCUUAACAUACCUUCAAACAUCUUCACAGGUAACACACCUUUAUAUAUCUUCACAGUUAACACACCUUACCACACUUUCACAGGUAACACACCUUGACAGCUGACACACCUCCUUGGACAGUAGUGGUGCAUAUUGUUCUUGGUGUUAUGUGCGUAAAAGUCUUAACACACGUUUUAAUAGUUUCUUUGAUAAAUCCUUUUGAUUUAUUUCGCUCCGUAAAAAGCACUCUGUCCACAUACUGCAACGUUUUCAAUCUCAUUCCAGACUUCUAUUAGUGAGUGAAUAAGAUGGGUUUCUCUUAACCUUGGUGUGAUGUGUUGAUGAUAUGUCCACUGGAAAACCGUCUUCUUUCUCUGUCCUCCUCCUCCCCAAAGCAGGGACUCAGACAGGAGAGGAGCUCCCCAUCAGAUACAGCAGCAACAUUAAGGACUUCAAAGACAGUUUCUCCAACGAGAACUUUGACUUCCGCAACAACCCAAACGUCACCUUCUUCGUCUAUGUCAGCAACUUCACCUGGCCCAUCAAGAUA